AUGCUGCUCUAUACACGUCUCUGUUUUGGUAGUUUCCUGCCGCCGGCCGGCCUCAGGUCCAUGGCCCAAUCCGCCGGACUCGCCGAGGUUGCAGUCCGACUGUGCUUGAACCAAAGUGAACAUCUCUGUCCUCACGUGUGGGUCCCCAUCCUGAAGCCACAGCGCCCCUGCAUCCGCCCUCCAGUUUCAGAUCCGCUGUCCUCCGACAUCUUGGGCCAAGACCAUCGGACCCACCCGCUCCCGGUCUCCUUGGACGAAGACUCGGACGACGACCUUUGGCUCCCGAUCAAUAAGAACAAGCGCGUGAUCUUCGCCGACUCGCGGGGAUUGUCUCUGACGGCCGUGCAGGAGUUCUCCGAUCAAGAGGAGCAGUCGGACCUCAGCCUGCUUUCGUCGCUGCAGGGGUUGGGAACCACAACGGAGGACUGCUACAGCUGCACCGUCAGCACCUGCUGCCCAGGAACGCGGCUCAAACUGGACUUCCCGCAGCCUUCUGCCGAUUUCAAAGCCUUUCGCGCCAAGCUGGCGGAGAGCAUGGUCACCCUGGAGAACUGCAGCGUGGCUGAACAGGCGCUGCGAGGCACGGUGCGAGUCAGGAACAUCAGUUUCCAGAAGGACGUGCGUGCACGCGUCACCUUCGACUCGUGGCAGAGCUACCGAGAUGUGCCGUGCACGUACGUGCAGAAACGCUUCGGAGGGCCUCAGACAGACAUCUUUGAGUUCGACAUUGUUGUUCCAAAAGUGCUGGAUGCCAAAAGGAAGAUAGAGUUCUGUUUGAGCUAUUUGCCGGCAGGGCACAGCGAGCCGUUUUGGGAUAAUAACAACGGACAGAACUACAGCAUUGCCGUGUGUGUGAGCUCACAUCUCUGUCGCGGGAGGAACCCAAUGACCACCGUGUGCUAGAAGACUCGGAAAAGACUCGGAAAAGACUCGGAAAAGACUCGGAAAAGACUCGGAAA